AUGGAUACCCUUUUCCAAGAAUAUCCAAAUUCCACGAACAGAUUCAUGUUUGACCAUGCUUCAGUUUCUUUCUCUCCAAAUAGGAUUUUGUUUAAUGGAUAUGAACUCAAUGAUACCUUGAGGGAUCCAAAUCCAUCUUUUAGUUCUUUCAAUCCAAAACCUCCUAAUGACUCAGCACGACCUUCUUCUUCGAACUCAAGCUCUGAAGGAUAUGGUCCAAGCAAUAAUGUUACUCUCAAGUUCAUAAGUGAUGUGCUUUUGGAAGAGGACUUAGAGGGUAAGACCUGUAUGUUGCAAGAUUGUUUAGACCUCCAAGCUACCGAGAAACCCUUCUAUGAUGUCCUUGGUCAGGAAUACCCCUAUUCGUCCAAUCAAAUUAUUUCUUGUCUCAAUCAAAAUGUUGAAAGCCCGGAUGGUGGUUUCGCUUGGAGUAGCAGUAUUGGUAGCUGCAGCAGCUAUCCUACUGCUAAUAACUUGGUUGAAAAAUCCGAUUGGGUUUUUGAUCAAGAUAAUUUAGACAUAUCUCAAGUGCAAGCCUCACCUGUUUUUUCCCUUGAAAGAACCCUCCUAGAACCAGAUUUCCAGAGUCCGGCGUACCCUUUUGAGGUGCUUAGCAAAGGGGCAGGAGAAGCUGGCAAUUUCCGUUCUCGUAGUGAUUAUUUGAUGGUGUCUUCAAAGAGCAACUCCUCCAACCCUCCGGACAAGGAGGAGGGAGACUACUCACCAAAUAGUUCACGGGGAAGGAAAAAUCACCAGCGCGGUGACGGUGAUGAUUUAGAAGAAGAGAGGAGCAAGAAGCAUUCUGCACUUUCUCCUGCAGAGUCUGAGCAUUCAGAGUUGUUUGAUGAGGUAUUGCUUUGUCCAGGUGCACAAAAUGAGUCUGCAUCAUGUGCUCUUCAGGACAAGUCACAAAAUGGAACAGCUGGGUAUGAGCAGAGAAAAGGGUCUAAUGGUAGAACAGCACGAGGAAAGAAAAAGGGAAAGAAAGGAGAAGUUGUCGAUUUGAGUUCUCUCCUCAUCCAAUGUGCACAAGCUGUGGCAAUCGGUGACCAAAGGACUGCAAAUGAGCUACUUCAGCAGAUAAGGCAACACUCUUCUCAAUUGGGUGAUGCAAACCAAAGAUUGGCACAUUACUUUGCCAAUGCCCUUGAUAUACGUGUAGCCGGCACUACGACACCUGCAUUUACACCAAUUGUAGGUCACAGAACAUCAGCAGCUGACAUCUUAAAAGCUUACCAGGUAUAUGUUAGAGCAUGCCCAUUCAAAAGGAUGUCUAAUUUCUUCGCCAACAGGACAAUUCUCAAACUGGCAAAGAAAGCGACAAGACUACACAUAAUUGAUUUUGGCAUUCUUUAUGGUUUUCAAUGGCCUUGCCUAAUCCAGCGUCUCUCAGAAAGGCCUGGUGGACCUCCCAAGUUACGUAUUACAGGAAUUGAGCUUCCCCAACCAGGUUUCCGGCCUGCAGAAAGGGUUGAGGAGACAGGUCGUCGCUUAGAAAGAUAUUGUGAGAGGUUUAAGGUCCCUUAUGAGUAUAUUCCGAUAGCAAAGAAAUGGGAAACCAUCAGAUAUGAGGAUCUCAAAAUUGACAAAGGCGAGAUGAUUGUCGUCAACAGUUUAUAUCGGCUAAAGAACCUCCCCGAUGACACCACUGUGGAGAACAGUGCAAGAGACGCUGUUUUGAAGUUGAUCAACAUGAUCAAACCCGACAUGUUUAUCCAUGGGAUUGUAAAUGGUACUUUCAAUGCGCCAUUCUUUGUCACUCGGUUUCGAGAGGCACUCUACCACUUCUCCUCAUUGUUUGACAUGUUCGAGGCAACUGUGCCUCGCGAAGACGAAGAAAGAAUGCUGUUUGAAAAGGAGCAAUACGGAAGAGAUAUCACCAAUGUGAUAGCAGCUGAGGGUACAGCAAGAGUUGAAAAGCCAGAGACAUACAAACAGUGGCAGUCUAGGAAUCUGAGAGCUGGGUUCAGGCAACUUCCUUUAGAUCAAGAGCUUUUCAAGGAAGUGAGAUCUGUGGUGAAAUCAGAAUACGAUAAAGAUUUUGUUGUUGAUGCAGAUAGCCAGUGGAUGCUACAGGGAUGGAAGGGGAGAAUAAUCUAUGCUCUUUCAGUCUGGAAACCAGUCCAGGAGUAA